AUGACCAGGGUCCCGUUCGGAGCAUCGUCCAGCCCCUUCCUACUCGCGGCAACUCUGCACCAUCACUUCGACGCGGUCGCUUCGCGAUACCCAGCCACCGCAGCCCGCCUCCGCACCAGCUUCUAUGUUGACGACCUAGUAAUUGGCUGCGACGACGUGCAAGAUGCCGAGACGAUAUAUGCCGAGACCAGAGCUGUCCUGCGGGACGCAGGGAUGGAAAUCCGAAAAUGGGCAGCGAACUCCACCGCACUUCAACAGAAAUUUCUCGCAGACGAAACUGCCUACGAUAACGUCGGUUGUACAAACCCAGUGCUUCGUAUCUUAGGUGUACCAUGGGACAGACAGGCGGACGUCAUCCUAGCACCAGUCACCGCGGUUCACGAAUUCGCACAGAAACAUGAGCCCACGAAGCGCACGGUGCUCAGGACCUUUUCUAGACUGUACGAUCCUGUGGGUUUGCUCCUUCCCUUUACGGUCACCGCGAGGCUCUUGUUUCAGGCAAUGUGGAAGGAAGCAGUUCCUUGGGACCAACCCAUGCACCCCCCGACACACCAAGCUUGGCGCGAAUGGGUACGCGGCCUUCCCGCGCUCUCCACAAUGCAAGCACCGAGAUCUCCCUUCAAUCCGGCCGGCACCGUCCCAGACCUUCACAUCUUUGCAGACGCAAGCCCGCGGGCCUACGGAGCGGUUGCAUACGUACGCACCCACAAGGCUCCCGGGGGUGUCAGCUCCCACCUGCUCAUCGCCAAAGGUCGCAUUGCACCACUGAAGACGGUCACUCUUCCGCGUUUAGAGCUCCUUGGCUGCCUCCUCGCCGCUAGACUGUUCAAGAGCAUCUGCGACGUCAUACCUGCCCUGCAGUCACGGGUCACGUUGUGGACGGACUCUCAGAUUGCACUGCACUGGAUAAAGAAUGGGAAGAUGACUCAGUCGCAGAAUCCUCAGUUUGUCGAGGGGCGCUUACGAGAGAUUCGCCAGCUCACGGACCCGGCUAGAUGGUGUCACUGCGACGGGAAAAGCAACCCCGCUGACUUGCUCACGAGGGGAAUCGCCGCGACUGAGCUGCUCCACAGCAAGCUGUGGUGGACCGGUCCACCCUGGUUAUUUGGCAACGUGGAUGGUCUCGUCGCGGCCCAAAACACAUCUCCGCAUUUCCGGAUCGAGGAGACCUGUUGCGCCAUCGCUGUUCAGCAUCGGGACCCCCUUCUUCAACUCGAAGAUCACAGCUCCCUUAACCGCGUGCUCCGUGUGACAGCGUACGUGCUCAGGUACAUCAACAACACCCGGAGACCCCAGUCGAAACACAGUGGCUCACUCUCAGCGGAGGAGCUACACUCAGCAGAGCUGCUCUGGGUCCGUUGGACUCAGUUGGAAUCUUUCCCCACUGAAAUCGAGGACCUACAGACGAGACGCCCCAUCUCUUCUUCAUCGGCCGUUUUGCUAUUGAACCCGUAUAUCGACGAGAAUUCAUUACUCCGCGUCGGUGGUCGUCUGAGGUACGCAGACGAAAGCGACAGCGUACGGCAUCCCAUCCUUCUGCCGUCCAGACACCGAUUCACAGAGCUGCUCGUGCUCGACAUGCACUGUCGUCUACACCACACAGGAGUUCAAGACACACUCUGUGAAAUUCGCCAGAAGUAUUGGAUUGUAAGGGGUCGACAGACGGUUCGUCGCGCUCUUCAUACGUGUCUACAAUGCAAACGACGACGACUGGAUCCGGAAACAGCACCUGUCGCUCCUCUCCCGCGGGAAAGGAUCACACCCACGAGUCCCUUCGACGUAGUAGGGGUGGAUUUUGCUGGACCGCUCUAUGCAUUUGACAAUAACAAACAGCGGAAGGCGUACAUCGUCCUUUUCUCAUGUGGCGUUACCCGCGCGAUCCACCUCGAAUUGGCGACCGGGAUGUCCACUCAACACUUCCUCGGCGCAUUUAUGCGUUUUGCGUCCCGACGCGGGGUCCCGUCACUGAUCAUGUCAGACAACGCUCGCACCUUCCAUCAGACGUCACGGAUUCUCUCCACUGCGUCCUCAGAAGUGCAAGAUUUUGCCGCCAGGAAUCGCAUCAAAUGGAGGUUUAUUGUCGAGAGAGCACCCUGGUGGGGCGGAUGGUGGGAGAGGAUGGUCAGAUGCGUGAAAGACUCCCUCAGGCGUUGCUUAGGAAGGCGCCAUUUGACGUAUGAAGAUCUUACAACGGCCUUAUGCGAAGUAGAAUGCAUAGUGAAUUGCCGGCCGCUGACGUAUGUGGAUUCCGAUCCCGCCGCCCUGCACCCUUUGACUCCUGCAGACUUCCUCGUAGGGAAGCGCUUGACUGCCACCCCAACACCGGGCGAAGUUGCACAGCCGUUGGACGCUGGGAGACUCAAGCACUACCUGAAAGCACAGGAUAGUCUUCGCCAGCAGUUCUGGAGCAGGUGGCGCAAGGAAUACCUCUUCCAGCUGAGAUCCGCGCAUAUGGCGAGACGGGACCCGGAGAGUCAACUGAGGGUCGGAGACGUGGUCAUCAUCCACGAAAGAGGACCGCCGCUACUCUGGAAGCUCGGCCGCGUAACUCAGACCAUUCCCGGACGCGACGGUGUCGUUCGUGCCUGUGCGGUCAUGCUGGCCAACAAGACCAUUCUUCACCGUCCCGUGCAGUUGCUGCACCGCUUGGAAGGGGAUAUCGCACCACCCGUGGCCCGGGAGGAUGUGGAAGAAAGAGGAGGAGGAGAGGGCUCUUAG